AUGUCAAAUAAGCUUUGUGCUGUUUGUUGGCAAAUUUCUUAUGAAGAUUAUAAGAAUAAAUGUAAAAAUUGUAAUAGUUCCAAUUAUGGUAGAUGUCGCCAAUGUGGAGAACUUAACGUAAAAUACAAUUGGUUAGCAUUAAAGAAAUUAAAUGAUGCUCAAACUAUUAGUAAAGAUUUUAUUGAUGAGCUUAAAGCACAUACUGGAAAUUAUUCUCAUUCUAUUGCACAUAUAUAUGGUUUGACUCGAGACUCUAAUACAAAAGAAUAUGCUCUAGUUAUGAGUUAUUAUCCCGGAGGUGAUUGGAGAAAGGUAAUUAGAGAUAAAGGUAGUCCAUUACUUUGGGAGGAUAAAUUAGUUGAAGAAUUAAUAAAAUCUUGUUGUCAUAAAGAUCCUUCGAAAAGACCAAGUUGUAGGGAAAUUGUCAAAACUACUUAUAUAUUACAUAGUACACUUAAAUAUGAAUAUGAAAACAUUGAAUAUUAUGAAUCAUUUAAAAAAGCUGAUGAAGAAAUUGAGAAGACCCAAGAAAUGAAAACGGCAAAAAUAAUGAUUAAUCGACGACGACAACAAGAUAAUAGAGACGAAGAAGAAAUGCUUGAAUGGUCAGAUUCAGAUUUGGUAACAGAUGACUACAAUUAA